GCUCAGCUUUAUAGCCUGCGUUUGCACCAACAGGUUUAUACGAUUGUGUUUAGUGGAAGCGCGGUGAGAUGAUCGACAGUGCGCGCGGGACUACACUGACCUACACACCAGCUGGCAUCUGCAAUAAGAAGGAUAAUUUUGCAUGUACACAUAAAAAUACUAUUUAUUACAUCUGCAGAAAACAGCAAUUGUCAAGUGAACCUUAAAUAAUUCUACCAUCAUGGAACUUGACGCGUCUAUCAUUCUCCCUGCGCUCUUCUUUACCAUUCUUGCUGUUGUCUUGGCAGCCAAAUUCAUCCCCAAAAAACAACCAGAGGAGAAGAAGAGGGUUAAAGUAGGCAAUGGAGACGACAUUCCACCUUCCAGAGCAUUGGCACCAGCAGUAGCAAUACUGGAAGUACCAAAAAUGGAGAUGGUACCCCCACAAGUGGUAGAAGCUGAAGUUAUACCCGAGCCAGUAACAGUUGCCCCAGUAGUUGAAGAGAUCAAUGUUGUAGAAGAAGAGACAGUUAAAGAGCCUGAAAUGAUCCCUGAGGUUCAGGUUGUGCCAGAGCCCGUGGUUGAGCCAGAACCCGUGCCUGAGCUCAUCCCUGAGCCAGAGCCCAUCCCAGUCGUUGUUGAGGAGCCCAUCCUUGACCUCAUCGCCGAAUCUGUGGUGAAGGAGGUCCCCGUCAGAGAGCCCACCCCUGAGCCAGCAAGGGAACCCAACCCCAAGCCAGCGAGGGAACCCACCCCUGAGCCCAUCUUCGUGACAGAGCCAGAGGACCUUGAGAGCAACGCUGAGGAGGUGCACUUUACCCCAGGAAUGAAGAUUAGCAAGUUGGAGAAGCUGAUGACCAAGGAGGAGAUGGAGGAGGAGCAGAGGGUGCAAAAUGAUCAGUUGGCAGCCAUCUUUCUCCUGCUGAUGCAGAACCAGGAGGCACUAGGGGAGGUGACUGAGGGAGACAUGGAGGAGCAGCUCAAACUCUACUCCCUGUAGCAGAAUGGGGCAGUUCUAUUAUUGUCAACCUUGUAUAGGGUUGAAUAGCCUGUUCCCCUUUUUAAAGUGCAGGUGUCAAGCAGAGCAACUGUCAAUGUAUAAUACCGUAUUUAUGUUUGACUUAUCAUGUCAAGUCAGAAUGAUCCAUAACAGACAAAGACAAUAGGUUUAAUAUUCUGACAUACUGUAGCGGGAUAGGCAUUACCCAUAAGACCAAAACAAAUUGCACUAUACUUGAAUGUAAGACACAAGUCUUUAUGCUGUUGUUGUUCUGUUAACAUUGGUUAUCGUAAAGUAUGGCAAUGUUACAAUGGCUUUAAAAAUCACAUGUUCUUAGGGUAUGAACAAUUUAAUGAACAAACAAUUGCAGUGACUUAUUGACAUUAAGUAUAUUGAUAACACACUAUUUGUUUAUAUUACUUAAAUGUUGUAAUGAAGUAUUGUUGGUAAGUCACAUAUACUGUAUGUAUUUUCAGUUGUAAAGAACUAUUUUGGAAUGACUUUGUAGUGUUAAUAUAGGUAAUAUUGAAAUAUAAACUGAGUGUACAAAACAUGACAUAGACUGACCAGGUGAAUCCAGGUGAAAGCUAGGAUCCCUUAUUGAUGUUACUUGUUAAAUCCACUUCAGUCAGUCUGGAUGAAGGGGAGGAGACAGGUUAAAUAAGGAUUUUUAAGCCUGGAGACAAUUAAGGCAUGGAUUGGGUGAAUGGGCAAAAAUAGUGCUUUGAAGGGGUUAUGGGUUGUAGGUGCCAGGUACCAGGUGCACCGGUUUGAGCAUGUCAAGAACUGCAACGCUGCUGUGUUUUUCACACUCAACAGUUUCCUGUGUGUAUCAAGGUCCACCACCCAAAGGACAUCCUGUCGGAAGCAUUGGAGUCAACAUGGGUCAGCAUCCCUGUGGAAUGCUUUCGACACCUGUAGAGUCCAUGCUCUGAUGAAUUUAGGAUGUUCUGAGGGAAAAGGGGGGGUAUUGGGUAGAUGUUCCUAAUGUUUGUACACUCCGUCUAUUUUUUCAUAUGUUCUCAACACUCCAUAUUUUGAAUCAAAUGUUUUUAAUGGAUGUACAUAGUGUAUGGAGAUAUUUUAGUAGUUUGUUUAGAGUCUCAAGCGAUGAGGUUUUAAUAGUUAGUACCACAGGUGGCUGGUGGCUCCUUAAUUGGGAAGGACAGGCUCAUACUAAUGGCUUGAACGGAAUAAAUGGAAUGGUAUCGAACACGUCAAACACAAGGUUUCCUUGUGUUUGAUACCAUUCCAUUCACUCCAAUCCAGCCAUUAUAAUGAGCCGUCCUCCCCUCGGCAACCUCGUACUCUGGUGUAUCUUUUUACCAGUUAUUUUAUUAAAUAAUAUGACACUCAAAACAGGUUGUGUGAUCAUGUAUUUAUUAGUGUGUUUGAGUGAUAAUGCUUUUAUUUGAACUCUGUCUCUACACUCUAUGAACAGUUCAUUUGAUAAAUCAUGAUUUCACAUUUUCUUUCAGUAAGUCUAACGCCAACAUUAUUUAGCUAAACUUCUAUAAGAAAAAGCAAGCUAUGAAAUGAAAAAAUGUUUAAACAACUGUUAUAAUUGUGUCACAUGAACACCUACAAGUUAUUUAUGCCUUGUCCAACAUUUCUCUGAUGAUGUGUUGUACAUGUGAAACCAGGCAAGAACAAAUGAGGUAGGCUACAAUGAUAUGGUCUAGCUGGUUGAGUAGAUGAGUAGUCUUCCCAUCUGCUGUUUGUCACACUCUUAUCAUUCCUCUGUGGGGUGGUACCACUAACAUGUUUGAAAUAAUUAGAGUAGUGUUAAGGGAAUUUUGACCUAUAAUUACUAAUUAUGUAUACAUUUCAAUCAGGCCUGACUAAUCAGAAUACUAUUAUGUUACUGUACAUGUAUGAAUUUUCUCUCUUGAUCCCAGUACUGAAUAUAAUGUAGUGAAUGUGGUCAAGAGUUUAGUUCAAUGACGGUCUGUUCCUUGGUACAAAGGAAUGAAUUAUAUCUCCAGACUGACUAGAACGCUUAUCUACACUGGUUGACCUUGGCUCUAGGCGAGGAGGGAAGGCUUGAGAGCUAUAGAGCCUUUCUACCAGUGUCAAGAAGAGACGGAACAUUUAGAAAACGCUGAUGUCAUUUUCAGUUUAUAACCUGUGGUAAAAUGUGUAAGUACUCAGUACUCUCUUGAAUAGAGGCUGUUACUUGACUUUAAGACCGGGGCUCUGUCCAUUCCUAUAAAAUAAGGGUCUUACAAAUUCUUAUGAAUUGACAGAGUGUUUAAUUUUAAUUGGGAAUUAAAACAGAGGAAUUAAAUUCCUUCAACAAGUAUACAUAGUUACACAGUACAUGUUUGAAAUACACCUUAUCAAAAUAUAGUUGCUCAGAUCGUUAUCAAAGUCACUGCAGAUUCAAUGGCGGUUAAUUCAUGCUGUAAACAGCCCGUUGCAUGUCAUCCAAAAGAUGCUGUAUUUGUUUGAGGUCUGGGGACUGAGCAGGCCACUCAAGUAAACUGAUUUCGCUGCCAUGUUACAGGCAAUGUUUUUCCACUCCUCAGUUGUCCAGUGUUGGUGAUCAUGUGCCCACUGGAGCCGCUUCUUCUUCUUCUUUAACUGUUAGCAGUGGAGCCCUCAGUGGUCGUCUGCUGUAAUAGCCCAUUGUUGGCAAGGAUCGACGAGUUGUGCGUUCCGAGAUGCAGUUCUGCACAGCAUUGUUGUACUGCAGCGUUAUUUGUCCGUUUGUGGCCCGUUUGUUAGCUUGCACGAUUCUUGCCAUUCUCCUUCAACAUCUCUCAUCAACGAGCUGUUUUCACCCACAGCAUUGCGACUGACUGGAUGUUUUUUGUUUGUCGCACCAUUCUUGGUAAACCUUAGACACUAUCGUGCGUGAAAAGCCCAGUAGGGUGGCCGUUUCUGAGAUACUGGAUCCGGCGCGCCUGGCAUACCACGCUCAAAGUUGAUUAGGUCACUCACUUUGCCCAUUCUAUAGUUCAAUCGAACAGUAACUGAAUGCCUCAAUGCUUGACUGCCUGCUUUAUAUAACAAGCUAUGGCCACGUGACUGUCUGUAGGAGCGAUCCAUUUUCGUGAAUGGAGUGGUAUACCUAAUAAACUGACCUGUGAGUGUAUUUUUCCACACUAUGAGGUUGGAAUAAUACUGUGAAAUUGUGAAAAAAAACAGUGUUCAUUGUCUGAAGUAACAUCUUUGUUGUUGUAAUACCUGGCAGUUUCACCGCUAUGGAUUCUAAUUUUAAGCGUACAUUAUUGGAUUUAUACAUAGAAUAUUGUUUUAGAAUAGGAAGCGUUCAAAAAUAGCUGGAGUGCGUCUUCAAAUUACAUUUCUAUGGGAACACCACUCAUUCCCAUCUCUGCAUGAAAUAAAUUCUGGUAUGCAGCAAAGUUCCCAUUCUGAUCUGUGCUGCAUUCUUCUGGUCUGGACCAGAAUCACCAUGACAUCUGCUGUUGGUCUCUCAGUGCUCCCCCUGGCCAUUGGUUAUUUAUCUAGUCAAGGAAGGGAAAAUGGGCUCUACUGGUUGAAGGGGCCUGUCAUCAGCUCGAGACCAAUUAAAACCCAAUCCUAUUCUGUCAUGCUGGAAAAAGAUUUGCAGAUGGACUGAGAAAUCCAUGUAACUACUUACUCCCCUAUAUCCAUUCCACUCUGUCUAGAACACAAAGGAUGUGUUUACACAGACAGCCCAAUUCUGAACGUUUGUCCACUAAAUUGUAUUUUGACCAAUCACAUCAGAUCUUUUCACAUCAGGUAUUUUUCAGAGCUGAUCUGAUUAGUCCAAAUACCAAUUAGUUAAAAAAAGAUCAGAUUUGAGCAUUCUGUCUAAACGCAGCUUAAGUAACGUAAUGAGUCUGAAUUUAGGAGAAUUUUUAUAUGGCACUUGCUGUGAUUUCAUAACUCCAAAGACAAGGCCUUAAAAUCCUAGUUACAAUGGCACCUGUAAUGAACAUGUAAUGCAUGACAUGUACACUAUGCUCUCCUCAAAUUGUACUCUAAUCAUAUAAUCAAGUUUAAGCAAGUUAAAAAGGUAGAGGUUAUAAAUAAUAAUUGAAAGGCAAGCCUGCCCGAAUUUCCCUAAUUAUGGCCACACCUCUUUAAACUGCAAGUUAGUGUGAAUUGGGGCAUUUCCAUAAAAAGAAACCCCCAACUCCACACACAAGGAAGGUGCAUUGACUAUCACGCCCUGAUCUGUUUCACCUGUCUUUGUGAUUGUCUCCACCCACCUCCAGGUGUCACCCGUUUUCCCCAUUAUUCCCAGGGUAUUUAUUCCUGUGUUCUCUGUUUUGUCUUUUAAACUAUCAAAAUAAAGGAAGGUGCAUUGACUAUCACGCCCUGAUCUGU